AGGGGAAAGGGAAGUCAUAAAGAUAAUGGGAAUCAAUAACCUUUAUUAUUUUAAUUUCCCUCAAAUUAAUUAUUUAACGAAGCGUGUGUUACUUUAUUUUUAGAAGAAUAAUGAUAUAUUUUCGACAACCACGAUGGAAUUCGUUCAUUUGGUAACCUCGAGUUGAAUUCGAAGUUUUCGGAAUGUGAUUUAAGUUUAAAUGAAAAAAAAGUCCGGAAAAAAUGGAAUGCGCGCCAAGUAGCAAUUUUAAGGAAAGUACAAGGCACACGGAUUACUUCAAGAAUGUGGUCGAGCCUUUGUUGGCGAAUGGCUGUGAGGAUAAAUUAUGCGAAUGGUUGAAAAAGAACGGAUUGAUAUCGAAGCAAUUAUGCUGCAAUAAUGACGAAUGCGGACAAGAGCCGAUGAGAUGGAGUAAAGCUAGAGUGAUAGAUAGAUAUAAUUGGAUAUGCGUUAAAUGCAAAAAGAAAUUACCCAUAAGACACGAAACAUUUCUUGCCGAUUUGAAAUGCGAUUUUGGCAGUAUAUUCAGCGCAAUCGAUGGCUGGUGUUCUCAUAAACUGCUUACCGAAUUCUCUGAUAGUAAAACGUACAAAGUAGCCGUCGGAAAACGUAUUUAUUCCAUGUGCACUUCUGCAGCGGAAUCGUAUAUGAAAAAUCAUCCAGAGCUAGGUGUUUUAGGGGGUAAAACUGCCGAUGGAGAAGAUGCCGUCGUUAUAGUCGAUGUGUUUCCGGAUGGUUCGAUGACGUUACAACCACAAAAUAAUAAUAAUUAUACCAAAAAGGUGUUAUGUAUAGCAGAUACCUCUCAUGGUCCUGCUCGUGUCUGGACACAAUUACUGGAUACUUCGUACGAAGACGACAGCAACAAAAUAGUAGAGACAGUGAUUGCUCACGUGAAACCUAAUUCUAUCAUUGUCACCAGUCAUGUAUUAUAUCCGUACGUUAAGAACAUCUCUGGGUAUACAGAAGUUAUUAAUAUCAAAGCUUUGAUGACAUCCGAUCCUGCCGAAUAUCAGAAAUCACUUAAGAAUAUAGAAACAAUUUGGGCCACAACCGUCGAAACAUGUCAACAAAUUCAAAAUACAAGUCCGAAUCCGGCAGAACAAUCUUUAUGGGAAUUGCAAUGGAGGCAGAUAUUUGGAUUGGAUGCCUUUCGUUACAUACUGCAGCAUUUAGUUCAAUAUUCCAAUGCGCAACAUUCUUCUACUAGUUCUUCUCCAAAAUGAAUUCCAGUUUGUAUUUGUACAUUUUAUUUCAUUAGGCCUAGAUUUUUGUAUUGCUUGUAUUGUUACAUAUCCAGAAACUGUGAUGUUUUGAUCUGCAAAAAUAUUGGGCAUUUUUAUACGCGCGUUUUCAACUUCACCCUAUAGUGUGAAACGCAUUUAUCGAAAUCUAUUUGUGAUUUUUUUGUGAAAUUUUUUUGUUAUGAAUUUUUUUUUCUUUUUUGAUUCAGCCCAUUUAUACGUAACGUAAUCAUAGGACUUUGCUCGCUUCAACUUCUCACUGGGCCUAAGGAAUAAAAUUACCUAAUUACCUUUCGGUACAUUCGUACUCAUCUAAUCUUUAUUUUAAAGUCAUUGAUUGAGAAUAAUUUCUCAAUUUCCAUCCAUUGAUUGGAAAGUUUAAAAAUCAGCUGCCCUGAUUGAAGUACGAUUUUAAUCGUUAUAAUUUAACGAUUUUUCGAAUUGAUUGUUGUUUUGUCUUGAAUUUUUUAUGGAUUGGUGAACGGUUAUGUUAACGCUUCACAAGUUGUUCCUUUGAUUGUUAUUUGAUAUUAGUGUGGUUUCAUUUCUACCUCUGAUAUCUUAUUAUUGUUUUUUUUUUCUUCUUUUUUUUCAAGAAUGCUGUUAGUAAUUUGCUGAAAGAAUUUUCUUUUGUUACUUGUAAGUUUAAUUGCCUAUUUGUUUUAAUUUAUAUAUUCUUGUGUUCGUUACGUUGCUAUUUUUCUAACGGUAAUUAAGUUCCCAAUUUAUCAUAUUCCAGUUGCUUAUUAUUUUGUUCAUUUUAUCGAGUUAUCUUACUAAAUUAGAGUUAUCAAAUCGAAGUGUAAACAGCUUAACCGACUUAAUUACGUUGAACGAAUUUUAAUAUUACUGAUAGUACGUUAAUCGUACAUAUUGGAGACAUUAAGCAUAUUAUUCAGUCAUUAGUUUGAUAUGGUUUAUUUUACCAAAUUUUCAGUACAAAUUAUAGUAGCGACUUGAAUUUACCAGAAAUUCUGACAAUCAAAAAUCUUUCUAAGUUAUUUUUGUGCAUCAUUCCUUUUCGACUCUCCGUUUAAUACGUGAAAUUUUAGUUUAUGAUAAUUUGGACUUUUAGAAAUUGAUAUCGGUUAUUUUGUUUUCGAUAAUAAUCGUUGGAGUUGUGUUUAUCACGUGAAGGAUUUUAUAGUCAAGUUGUUCAGUCAGAUUAGAUAUGAGACUUGAGAAUAGCAAUUUACCAUUUUUAAUUUUAAAUUCACACGAUUGAUUUUAUUUAAUUAUUAUACAUAUUUUGAUUAAUAAUUCGUAAGUUAUUUAUUUUAAGGAAUUAUUUCUAUCAUCACCGAUGUUCAAAUUCACAGUCAUUUCCGUAUACGAUUCGUUGAUAUUUUUGUUCGUAUUUGAAUAGUUUUUUUUUUCUUUUCUAAAUGUGUUUCAAGACCGUAGAAGAAAUUUGUGAAAUCAUUUUUCUAAAAAAUUUUGACCAUUACUGUAUUAGGUAUUCAAAAAAGACGAGUUUAUGUUUUAAAACGAACUGUUCCGUUAUAUAAAUUUUCAAUUCGAAGAGAUUUUUUUUGUAAAAUAUUUUAUAUUUUAUAAGAUUUUUUUUUAGACUGAUGUAUUAUGCGUUGUACGCGUUAUUUUGUAGUUUUCUUCUUUUAUUGUUGAAAUUUUAUUAUUUUGCUGAUGUGAUAAGCUUGUUAACCAGUUGAUUUUUUUUCUCUUUGGAUGAUUACACUUUUAUUGAAUUCUGUUUUAUAAUUUUUAGGUUACAGUUGGUAAGUUUUUAAAUGCUUUUUUUUCAUUUUUUUUUUCUUCUUCAUUCGUACCUAUUUUUUAAACGUAAUUCUGAACGAGUUUAUGUUUUUAUAUUUUAUUUUUAUAAGAUUAUAUUUUAAAAUAGUUAUAAUCAAAACCUCUCGUAGUAUUGCUCGUUUACAGUUUUAAAUAUUAACCUUUUUGUAUCCAGAAAACGAAUGGAAUUUCUUUUUCAAAAUGAGGGUAUUUUUUAUUCACUGGAAAAAUUUUAAAAGUAGAAUUAGUCGACACUUGUUUUUAAAUUUUGACGAUUUUUAGCUUAGAAUUAGAACAUAUGUGUUCACUGUUUCAUCUCUGGCGAUGUAACUAUAGUUUUCUGAAGGUUAUACCGGGGUUAUAUUGAUAGAUUUUUUUGUUUCUUUGGAUGAUGAGAACGUAACACAUUUUUUCAUUUAUUCGUAAGUGAUCUGAUAAGUUAUUUUUAUAUUCAUUUCGAAACUGAUGAACGGUGCUGUAUUUUUACGAGAUGUAUUGAAUUAGGUGAUCUCGAGAUCGAUUUUAUUAAAUCGUAAUCCUUUGAAUUUAAGCGGCCUGGUGUCGAUAUAGCGUUGCAUUUUAAUGUCUUCCCGUAUGAAAUAAUGUAUUUUUUAAUAUUAGGUAAUGUAUGUUUAUUAAGAAUUACGUUAAGACUUGAAAAUAAAUUAAUGAACGUUAUCA